AUGCAUAGGGACUCGCUUGUGGUUACUCCUUUGAAUGAAGCACCUUUUGGGUGCUCUGUGAGUCUCCCCAGUUACUGCAAAAACGAUCCUGCCUAUUUGAAUAACGAGGAUUUCUCCGCCUUGUACGAUGCCGUUCACAAAUAUUUGGUUGUUGUUAUUCCCGAUCAAGCUGAAUUGACUCCUAAAUCACAAUAUAUCUUAACCAAGAGAUUUGACCCUACAAUUCCAGAGCAACCAAAUGAGGAUGGUACUGGGGGAGCUGGCGCCGCAUAUGGACACGGGAAGGAGUUUAGGCAUACACAAUCAGUAUUGCGCAAGGACGGGUGUUCGGUGAAAUCUCAGCCACAAGUUCAAAUUUUGGGCCAGGGUCAUUUCAAAGUGGGUGAACCUGGUAACGAAAAUGACGAGGCUUUGAACUUGACGCAUCCUUCUCACACAACAUUUCACCAUUCACCAUUGACUAACGAGCAAAUCAAGGAGGGCAAACAAACAAGAUUUUACAGAUGGCACAUUGAUAGUGCAUUGUACGACUUGUCACCGCCUGUAGUGACCAGUUUGCUUGGAAUUAAAGUUCCACCUACAACACACUAUCAAACUAUCAAAUAUGAAGAUGAGGGCGAAGCAGCAGGCGGGAGCGAGUCCGAGUCCGAGUCCAAGUCCAAGUUCGAGUUGAAAUUGACACAGGGAGCUACAUGCUUUGUCAGUGGAGCUCAAGCAUUUCAAGGAUUGAGCAAUGAGGACAAGGAGUUUGUGUUGAACACAAUAGUGGAAUAUGCACCUCAUCCCUAUAUUUUCAUAUCCUCUGCUAAGGCCACAUCUGAUGGGUUAACAAUGGUUUCGGAGGAUAAGGAAUUGAAGCUUGAUGAGUUGCCACCAUGGGAAGCGCUGAAGGUGAAGAAGUUGCCGAUGGUCUGGACAAACCCUGUUACAAAAGAAGAUCAUUUACAAGUGCAUGGAUGUUGCUUAUACAAGCUUCAUACCAAAAAUGAGGACGGAAGCAUUAAAACGUUGGACUUGAAAGAGUCGAGAGAGAAAGUACAUAAACUAAUGAGACCGGCAAUUGCUCCAGAAAGAGUUUUGGCACAUUCUUGGAAACAGGGCGAUUUGGUUUUGUUCUUUAAUCGAGGCGUUUGGCACUCGGUCACUGGUGAAUUCAAAGGUUUGGGAAAUAAUGGCGCAGACGAAAGAAGAUUAAUGCAUCAAUGCAACAUCGCUAGCUUUAAGGACCCCGCAAUUUUACAUAAUUAA